AUUCUGUUCCUGCAGCAAACCAGCGCCCACUUCGCUCGGAAUAGUAUGUCGACUAAUUUCCUGAUCGGAUCUGAUCGACAACUGGCUAAGUGCGCAGAAUGAUCGCUAUUGCAGGACAGAAGUACGGGCUUGGUCUUUACUUCAACUACUCUCUUUAGUCUGUCUAGAUGCUCACAUCGAAUUUCCUCUCUCAACCAGUCCGAUCACAAAGGCUGGGCCAACAUCUCGAGUUUUUUGCGCCGAUCCGUGAUUGGUACUUGGAACAUUUGUCUAGACCCCCGUACUUGCUGCGGCACAGCGACCGUGUUUUCACACCCGUUAAAGCAUGUUCGAAUUUACCGCCGUCCCCACAGGGGCCGGAAGUAUCACGGAGGCCUCUGCUUUGGUCUGGCGAAUCCCUCACCGCAGUUGCCUUUUGCCCACUGGUGCUAAAGUCUGGCGGAUUGAAUCCAUGUCGCCUCGCGCGUGCCCGUCAGGCCGUCUUCCGUCAAUCAGGAUCGCCCAUGGCUGGUUCUCCAUUUAGCGGCGGAUCAGGACCCACGGCUCAGCGUCCCCACACACAAAGGAUACAGACUGGACGGUGCCAUUUUGCAUUUGGGGCCCGGCCUAAUUGACCCCGGGGUCUCAGCUUCUUUGUCCGGGAUGCCCUUUCAUGUCUAUGAGUGGCUCUUGUUUGUUAUAUUAUGAGGUUCUUUCAGACCCAUCUAUUUGGCCCGUUUCGGCCUUGAACUUAUCUGCCAUCCCACUGAU